AUGAUUUGGAGGGCCAGCUCGGUGCUGGGAUACCCGAUUGACCCAGUGGAGGUGGCGGGACAGAGGAGGAUGAUGGAUAAGCUGUCAUCUCUGAUGGACAACCAGUCCCACCCCCUUCAGGACACCAUCACAGCACUGGGCCACACCUUCAAAGCGGAGCUCGGCUCUCACCCUCCUCCCGGCGGGGACAUGAGGAAUCCGUUGGCCGGUGUGGCGCUGACCCUCUGGUUCUUUGUGGAGUGUGUAGGGGCGAAAAAAUACUGCUGGUAUUUUGAAGGUGGAUACCCCAUCUACUUCAUAUGUCGCUCUUAUGAGGACUGCUGUGGGACUCGCUGCUGUGUGAGGGCCCUGUCCAUCCAGAGACUAUGGUAUUUCUGGGUGCUGCUGAUGAUGGGGGUGCUGUUCUGCUGUGGGGCUGGUUUCUUCAUCCGCAGACGGAUGUAUCCGUCCCCUCUGAGAGACGAUCCGACAUUCAACGUGUCCUUCACCAGGCACCCAGCCACCUCACCAGUUUCCCAGCAGCCAGGAAGUAUGCAUGGCUUCGGGGUCAAUGGGAUGACGGGUGGUGAACCGGGGAUCACCAUGACCCACCCAGCAUACGCAGCACAGCCUGGCUCCGCCCAUAUGAUGAUGAGCUCCUUUCCUCCACCUCCAUCCUACUGCAACCACCCACCACCGUCCUACGAACAAAUAUUUCAAAACAGCGACAAGAAGUAACGUCUGCAGUCCGCUGAGGAGAUCGAACUUGAGUGAGGGAAGGAGAGAAGAAUUCCAGGGAAAUCUGAUGAAGAUGAUGAAAAGGAAGGGGAGGCCUGCCAAAUAUUUGCAACUCUUCUUUUUGGGAUGUAAAACUUGGAAAACACAAUAUUUUGUUCUGUGGAAAAGACCAAAAUGAACAGUACCAGUAAUUUAGAUGCACAAACACACAUAUUCCCGCAAACACACACAGACACACACAUGCACAUUGCUUCACCUGAAGUGAGUCUUUUACUUUUGAUUACUUGUGGACCCGUGUAUACAGCGAGCGUGCCGGACCUGUUGAACUGAGGACGAGUGAUGAUGGACCCGUUGAGCUGAAGUGAUUUACCCACUGUCCCCUUCCCCUCAACCCUCCCUGUGCUGCUACAGAUAGAACUGUGUAAACAGAAACAUGCCUGUCACACUCAUAUUGCAUUCAAAUGCCGGGUAAUUUUGAUUAAAAGUAAUUGCACACUCUACAGAAACACCUCAACACAAACGGUUCGUAAAAAACAGUUUCACGCAUGACACUGACUUAUUUUCUAUCCACCAUUUUACUGUAGCCUGGGCUUUUUACUAAAUGAUGAGUUCUUGAUGCAUUUUUUAUGACAGUAAGUGUCAUCCAGUUAUGUAAUGGUAUAAUAAGCCACUACAGCAGCGUGUGGCUCAUUGUUCUGUUACUCUGAUUAAGGCUUUUAGUUGACCUCAUCAGACCUGGCCACAGUGCUGCUGAGAUGUGGUGAUGGCAUUCUGCUCUUGUUCCAGUGUCUAAUGCAAUGUCUUGGCUCCCACGUACGGAAAUGACACUUUCUGGCUCACGGUGUAAAACAGCUGGUUUUCACCAUCACAUUACUCUGGAAGGUAACAGCUGUCUACAGCUGACAUGAUCAUCAGUCAUCAUCAUUGUGUGGCAUUGAGCCAGCAACAAUGUCAGUCCUGUAUUACUAGCAGAGUUGGAUCAUGUGUGCUGCAGGAAAAUCAACUGUUUUUUUAACUUGGGAGUGUUACUGCAUACUAAGGCCUGGUCAUAGUAGCAGUGAAAACAUCCACAUUUUGUAGAAACACUGGAUUUGCCUGUGAGAGGCAGGAAUUGUUAAGCCUAGAGUUCAAACUUUGACCCACAAAGAUAGCUAGAUAGGAAGAAAUGCCAGAGACUGCGUUGUCAACGACGUCAAUAUUCCAAUUUUAACACCAAUAGUCUGAAUGAGAUAAUGCCAUGACUUUCAGAUUACCCUAACCUGAAUAAGGUCAUACUUGGAAUAAGCAAUCAUUUAAUUUAAACAAUCCAAAAUUAUUCCGACCUUAGUUGCAUUACGUAGACAUGCAUAUGUCUUAGUUGCAUUAUUAUGUCCUAUUGAAGUUUUAACAGAAUUUUGCGGUAUCGACAUGCAGCAGUUACCAAAUGCUUGAUGUAACAUUGCCUGGGCAAAAUGAAGAAUAGAAAGGAGUUGUAGCUUUAGCAAAAUUAUAAAAGAAAACACGCAAAAUGGUGAAAAUAUUAGCAUCGUACAAUAAACCAUUUCAGGUUUGGGUUUUAAAACUGGCAGAAUAAUAGUCUAUGCUCCUUAACAUGCAAACGGAAUUUGAACAGACUAAUACACCGCAACUCAUGUCAACAUCAUAAAUCGAAAUAAUGUCUUAUUCUGAUAUGGUCAAUAUUCAGAUUACUAGUGUCCAUGUGAACAUAGUUAGAGUAUAACUUUGAUUACAAACAGUACAUAACCAACUGCAUUUCUAGCUUCUUUACUGGCAUUUUCAAGCAAAGACACAGGUAUGAAAACACACUUUGUGCUGCUGCAUUGACCGCACUUACAUUAAAACAUUUAAAUCAAAUCAAAUUGAAACAAAUGCGUAAACAGGAAAAGGGGAAGUAAGUUAAUAAAUCCUGUCCUGUCUGUAUGUGCUCAAACUGAAAAGAUAGUAAGAGGAAGGAGAGAAGUGAAUGUUAAUGACCGUUCCCCUGCUCUCUUAGUGAGAUGCUGUAGCCGGGGUGGAGGAUGUUGCUGUAGGAGCUGCAGCACUGAUCCAUAUCUCUCAUGUGACAGUCCUGCUGCAUCACUGAGUGUUACGUGCCAAGAGCCUCGCACACUUUAGUAAACAACUGGUCUUCACUCAGCUUAUUUCUGUGAAGCUCACUGCGUGCACUUUCAGACCUGGUGACGGAGAAUCAGCUGCUCGACAAGGUCACUCUCUGUUCUGUUUAACAGUCACUCUGUCACAUCACAUUGUCUCCUCGACAAUACACGUUAGGUUCUGACGUUCACUUUUUCCUUCAAGUUGCUGAAACAAACAUCGCUAACUUAUGGCAAUAGUUUUUGAUCUCAGGUAAAUCAAACACUGAUUUCAAAACAAACCCAAAGUGGAGGUUGGAAAAAUCAGAGAGAGAGAGACGAGCAAAACUGAACUGAUGAUAAGAACUUGACUUAAACAGGACUUUAUGUACACUUCUUCAAAUUUAAAAGAGUUGAUAUUUAUUAACUUAUUUGAUGAUGCCCUUAGUCAGGCUGCCUUUUCAUACCUGAAAUAUUUGGUAAAAUAUGUUUAUUUAUUCCUACUCGUAACAAUUUCUUCAUAAUCACCCCCUGGUCUUGUGUAAGUGAUUUACCGUGAACACCACUGUUUGAUAGUUGAGUUCAAUAUGGUGAUUGAGAUCAAGUGAAGUGCACAAACAGGGACCCAUUGGUUGGUGUGAAGUAACUCAGUGUCUUUGUUGAGAGUGAGCCAGUCCUCUCUUACAGAUCUGCUUUUGAAAUUUGCUCUGUUGGUAGGCAGACUUUUUGUUGUUGCUGUGUCUCAGUUCAAGAGCUGCAUCCUUCAGAGGCUGCAUAUGAAGACGGACCGAGUCACAGCGGCGCAACCAGGCUGUGACUCGGUCCGUCGGCUCCUUCAAAUGUGUCCUUGCUUCAACUCCAUCGUACAGCGGGACACAUGGGACACUAAACACAACUGUUUAAAUCAUCUGUAGACCAGACCAGUCUCAUUUUAGUUUGGCGGCCUCCAAAGGAUGCAACCCCUGAAUUUAGACGCAGAUUAUCUUUAACCUGAACUAAGCUAGCUGGCUAUUGGCUGUAGCUUCAUACUUAUCAACAUCUGCAAUAUCAGUGUUACUCUUAAUCAAACUCUUCAACACAGACAGUUUGGGAGUAACCAUUUGGCCACCAGUGGCAGAACUGAGUGAUCUGCAUGAAUAUAUCAUGCUCCUUUUUAAAAAAAAGUCAUCAGGAAAAUGUCCUAUUGUCUGAUGAGCUCUUAUUUUCAUUUAAUUAGCAGUUCUACAAUUUACUGGUAUAUGGUCCUGCAUCUGUGACAUGAAGCUAAACCAUUUUUAAUACAUUACAGUACAAUACAAUAGUUUAUUAAUCCUCAAGGCAAUCUGGUAAAAAUAAGACAAAAACAAGACACAGACAUUCACUGAAAAACAGCCACAAAACAAUAACACAGUAACACACAAUAAAAGAUGAGAACAGUUGCGUUAAGCUAAAAGUGUAAUUAAACACAAUUUCACACUGGAUAAUUUUAGGAUUUUUGUCAAAUCUCUAAUUUUGAGGCUGGAAAUGACUUUGACUGUCAGAGUAAAAGCCAAAAUGACAUUAGGAUAAAUAACGUUUUAUAAAAUCUAAUGAGAAUGAACUGAAGUUCAAAUCAACCCUCUGUAAAAAUAUCAAGCAAACUGUUUCCUAACUACGACCUGAAGUUUAUUUCUUUAAUUAUAUUUCCCUUUACAUGUGCUUGUUCAUGGUUCCUCAGUGCUUAUGUUCAGAGAAUCGCGAGACGACUUGUUUCCUCGUUGUGUUUAUAAAAAGGUUGAACAUGUUAGCUCCAGUUUGGAGUUUUGCGGUGAUAUAAAUACUUGGACGAUGAUGAUGUGGUAGUUUCAUCCGAUAGCCGAGCUCUUUCUGUAGAUUUGUCCUUACAGACAUCCCAUAGUCAUGCUCACUCAAGAAGCACCAACCACACUGAAAGCACCAUGGGCCUUAUCCAAGAAUCUCAGCAGGCCAUGACACACAUCACACUGCAUCAGACAUUAAUUUUACUGCAUUAAACUCCACUUUCAUGCACACGUAUUAAUUUAAUUUAAUUUAGGAUUAGGACUCUAAAGUCAAACAAGUGUUUUGUUUCUGUGAAGGCAAAAAAUCUUUGGAUGAUUGGUACAACAAGGCCACGUGAAUUUGAAUUGUACUUUAAGAGAAAGUUGUAAAUUGAAGAAUGCGGCAGGUUCCCUUUUAUCACCACUACAUGUCCCACUAAACUGUUGGUCUGCUUGGUGCUUGCAUGAAGCCUAUUUUUCCUUAAGUUGGGCUGAGGACUUUCAGUUAUUGCAGUUACAUCUGGUGGCCAUAACAGUUUCCACAGCCUCUGGACAAAAGGCUGUGAAAAUAAAGAGGAGACAUGGAACAGUUGAAAUUUUAAUGAAAAUGUCUGUUUACUGUUUGAGUUGCACAGUAAACAAUGUAAAACUAAUCAAAGAAAGUUGCUGGAUACAUGGGUAGUAGGAUCAUGUGUUUAUCGCUUUUACAGAACAAAUAUUUCACCUUUUUCUCCUCGGAGGAUGAAUCUCACAGAAGCUUGUUUGGCAUUGGUCACAAAAUGGAGGAAUUUGACAGGAAUGUCUGUAAAAUGAUGAAGACCAAUUCUGCAAAAACAAAAUGAUAAUACGUACUUCAAAUUUAUUUCGUUUGUGACGUGGUACCUCAAACUAUAGUGUCCAAUAAUUAUGAGAAACUAUAUUUUACCAUCAUUUACGUACUAUCACAUAGAUUCUGAAGGGUUCUCAUGAUUAUUAAUCAUUUAUGAGAUACCAAUUCAGGGAUUUUCCAAGUCAUUUCAUACUUUUAUGAGAUGCUACACAUUUUAUUUUAUUUGGCUUUGAAUCUAUUGAGGUAUUAUGAAGAUAGAUUGAAAAUUCAAUCUGUGAGAACCAGGAACAUCAAUGGCAAAUUUAAGUGCAGAGUGAUCUGGCCUAUCGUUAUAUUUUGCAUUUAGAGAUUGGAAACCUAAUUUGAACCUGGUUAUCAGCACUUUAUCGAAAUUUAUUUCUGUCAGGAAUUUACAUACAGUCUCUAACGUGUAUGUGUCCCCAUCAGGUUGUUAUUUAGAUAGAUGCAGCCUGUCCUCCAGUGGAAUCCCCCUGUGUCACCAGAUGUGGUUGGAACAGCUUUUGAGAACAGCCAAGCCUGUUUGAACUCUGUUAGAAUCAUUUGUGGCCCCUGCAGCAACAGAGUCUCUUCCGGUCUCUUGCUGUUUAAUAUUGGAAUUCAGAUAUAGCUAAAUAUUAGAAAGUGUAUAUUCUGUUUGAUCAUGUCAAACUAUGCAACAGAUUCUGCAAUUACAAAAGCGUCUUGACCCUGUGUCCUCCUUCGAGUAUUUCAAUUUUAUAAUAUCAUUAUACAUUGUGAAAUA